AGGAUGAUGUAGUGAGGCCCCCCCCCCCUGGUGGUGUUGUGGAGGCUGGUCCCCGCCUGGCCUCUCAUACAGAGUUGUGUAGCGGUCGCUGUAGGCCGUCUGUGUCCACUACCUCCACUACCACCAUCUCGGCAACCACCACAACCACAGUUCUGGAUACAACUAUACACGUUACCACCACCACAACAACCACAAUCGGUACCAAGAGUGGGAAGGGCUUGCCACACCCUCCACUACCACAACCCGCCGUCAACACUCACCCUAACUACCUCACGAAGCUGGUUAACCAAACGAGUCCCUGUGAGCUCGUUCACCCAAGUCCAUAUUGUAUCAGUGGGAGCAAAGUGACCAAUAAGAACGAAGUGAGACCUGAAGCCGAGGAUUUAUGGGGCAAAUCUAGCAAUUGUCUACAAUAAAGAAGUUUUUCACACAUUGUUAAUUUUUAAUCAAUUGAGUGUGACUAAUUAUUUACAAAUUAAUACAAAAUUAGAUAUAUGAUGAACUUUGUAAAAAACUUGUUUGAAUAUCGGCCUGGAAUGACGCCAGAUAAUAUAAUUUGAGAGUUUGGUUAUAUUUAUACUGUGUGUAGCUACGAACAACUGAGUCUAGCUAAGAAUAUCUGCGCCCAGCUGUAAACAACUGUGCCCAGAUACGAAAAACUGUGUGUAGUUUAAAGAAGUGAUACCAGACAACUGGUGCAGACUGCUCUUAGUCAGUACCCAUUCCCAGAAACUCUUCCACGGACAAAGAAAUUGUGUUGAUUGCAAUUGAAAACUGUAAAUAUUAGACUUUUCCAGUCUGUUACGGACGUGGGUAAAUGUUGUUGUUUAUCGUAUACAAAAAGAAUAAUCAUUAGUCAGCCUUCGGCUUAGGUACUCUGGAACAAUUUCACUCAAGCGAGAGUGCAACUCCGGGACUCAAAGUGAGAGCGGCUUCACUUGAACACAAAGCCAACAACUUCAAACACACACACAAAAGAGUCUGCUGGAACGCCCCCAGUGUCCUGGAGCCUAGCGUGCGCCCCCCCAGUGUUCUGGAGCCUAGCGUGCGCCCCCCAGUGUCCUGGAGCCUAGCGUGCGCCCCCCAGUGUCCUGGAACCUAGCGUGCGCCCCCAGUGUCCUGAAGCCUAGCUAGCGUGCGCCCCCCAGUGUCCUGAAGCCUAGCGUGCUCCCCCAGUGUCCUGAAGCCUAGCGUGCGCCCCCCAGUGUCCUGGAACCUAGCGUGCGCCCCCCAGUGUCCUGAAGCCUAGCGUGCUCCCCCAGUGUCCUGGAGCCUAGCGUGCGCCCCCCAGUGUCCUGAAGCCUAGCGUGCUCCCCCAGUGUCCUGGAGCCUAGCGUGCGCCCCCAGUGUCCUGGAACCUAGCGUGCGCCCCCCAGUGUCCUGAAGCCUAGCGUGCGCCCCCAGUGUACUGAAACCUAGCGUGCGCCCCCCAGUGUACUGUAAAUAAACAACCCCCUAGUGUACUAGACACCCAACUUUCCUCCCUUAGUGAACCCGACCCAUAACCCUCCCUCCCUCCCAGUGUACUGGAGCCCCGGAGCAUGGAGCUGUGGACGAGGGAAGGCAGUCACCACCACACCACCACCAUGGCCACCCUGGAGAUGUGGCUCCAGGCGGCCGCCACCUCCCUCCCGCCCUUCGUCCCCACCGACGGACCUGAAGUUAAUGUGAGCAACAUUGCCAUCUUCAACAAGACCUGCCACAACGACUUGCAGUAUAUGGACUUCUCUGAGUACGAGUACAACUACAGGAAGGAGACGUGGAUCACAAUCACCUGGAGGGAAGUCAUCAAGAUUAUGGCAUACGUGAUUGUUUUUCUGGUGUCCCUGGUUGGGAACCUGCUGGUGAUCCUGGUUGUGUAUUACAACAAUCACAUGCGCACCACCACCAACCAGUACCUGGUGAACCUGGCGCUGGCCGACCUCCUGGUGACCGUCAUCUGCAUGUGGGUACACAUCGUGCGCCACCUCUCAUACCCGCACUACGUCCUCCCCGCCCUCGUCUGCAAGCUUGACGGCUUCGUCCAGGCUACAUCACUGCUAGCCAGCGUCUUGACGCUGACUGUGAUCAGCGUGGGCCGGUUUGUGGCUGUGAUGUUCCCACUGCACGCCCGCACCUCUCCGGACCGCGCCCGCCGGGUCAUCGCCGCUGUCUGGAUCUCCUCCGCCCUUCUCUCUUGUCCCACGCUCUUCUACCGACAACUUUUCAGCGUAAAGUGGAAGAACUUCACGACGUAUCAGUGUGAGGAGUUCUGGCCCACAGACGGCCACUUCGACCCCCUGCUGAGCAAGUGUGUCAUCACUUACGACCCCAAGAAGCACUUCUACAUCUUCCUCACCAUCGCCGUCUACUUCCUCCCGGUUGGCAUCAUGUUCAUCAACUACAGCCUGGUGGUGUGGAGGCUGUGGAUGACGAAGCUGCCGGGCGAGCAGUCCCUCCCGGCCCGGAACACCGCCACCAGAGCCAAGAGAAAAGUGGUGAAGAUGGUGUCGGUGGUGUUGCUGGUGUUCGUGCUCUGCUGGACGCCCCUCCAGACCAUCAUCCUCUACAUCAGCUUCGUCCAUGAACAGAGCUCUUUACCCGAAUGGUUCUCGGUACUGGAGUUUUCUGCGUACUUCGUGGCGUACUCCAACUCUGCUCUCAACCCCAUCAUCUACUGCGGCUUCAACGCCAACUUCCGCCAGGGGUUGAUGUCGCUGCUCACCUGUCGACACUCGGCCUCCAGUAGGAUGUACCACCAGCGGAACUGGAGAGGCAUGACAGGAGGGACGAGGGAGACGACCGUCGGCUGCUCGGGUCCAGAGCCUGCGGUGGUGCUCGAGUUCAGUUCAUUCAAGAGGAACAGGACCUGUCAGAAGGGAUCGAUGAGCUGUCAGAGCGGACGCGCCAUCACCACGGGCUCCACCAGAGACCUGCCACACAACCACCUCACUGACAUCAUCCCAGAUAAAACGUGUAAGAACUGGAACGGUGAAGGAAAGCUGGAAGUGAAGAACCACCUGACUCAGGUCUGCUCGAGCAUCAGCGCCCCAGCCAUAUACACCAACGAAUGUGUCUUACAUACCAGCGACCCAGCAGGCCUGUCAGUCGUCCAGGGAAAGAAAGGAGGCAAGUUGAGCACCAGGACAUCCAACUCCUCCAGCAGCAGCAGGAGUAGCAAGGUGUGCGGCUGCUGCGUUCUUCACUCCUCCAAGAAGGCCAACUCCACCGUCACCCACGACAAUGAAAUAUACGAGUUAAACGACCUCCAUGAAAACAUUAGUAAUAACACAAAGGAAGAAAUAUUAUAAACACAUCCGAUGAGCACUGAUGUAUGCACAAAGGCACUCGAAGUGUUCAACGCAUUUGUACUUGAACAGUUAAGAAUAGGAGGAAAAUUAUGUUUAAACUAUUUAUGUCACGAGGAAUUUACCACCAGCUGAAUAUUUAUAUUAUAUUUAUUUAACAUUAUCUUAACGUGAAGCGACAUAAAGCUUUGGAGAAUUCCUGUAAUGGAAUAAUUUCCUCAGUCGUUAAUUCCGUGAUUUUAUAAAUUAUUUGUAUGAAGUUCUUGGAAUAUCUGGCGCAUGUUACAACGAUACUGCUGUACGAUACUGGUGCACGCGUAGGGUGUACUGUAGUCACAGAGCUACCUACAAUACUGUAUGUGUACUACAUAUUUAUACACACGCAAAGAAACGAAAAACCACGAAUAAUUUAUAAGCCCCGAGAGGAGAAAGUAAUGAAAUAGAAUCUACUGUAACUAUGAUUCUUAACAAGAAUUAUUAAUAAAAAAAUAGCACAUACGAUAGAUGCAUCUUUUGAACCUGGAAAUGACUUGUCGUGGUGGAAAUCAGCAAAAAGAUUUCUGCCGCAGUUAUUCCAUGUAAUACGCAAUUAUAACAUGCACAAGGCGACCGAAAAGUCUCGCGUCAAUCAGCAUAAUUUUCUUUGACCAAAUUAAGAACAUCUAUGAGACCAUCUUCCAUGGCUGACGACACAUUAACCACUGAUUCAUCCUUGUGGCUUGGUAAGGAUAGACGCAGAGAGUUAUUAACCUGCUCGAUCAAUAUAAUCCAAACACAGGCUGACCAUACACCGGCAGUGUGCUGGGAGCUGUCACAGCAGCCGGGGGCUGCGGCCAGUAUGACGCUUAUCUCUUGCUCUAUUUAUUAUUUCCUAUUUUUGUUGAGGAUGGUGAAGAGAAACGUCCGUAUGUGCCAGAGAGCCUCGCUUUCAUGAUAAAGAUUUUCGCAAGAUACCAGAAUGCUGCUCUAAUGAAGCAACACUCACUCACUCACGGAUUUACUUGCUACUAAUGAGGACCCUGGCCACCGCUGACUCAUGGAUUAUCCACUAAUGAGGCAUCUGGCCACCACUGACUCAUGGAUUAUCCACUAAUGAGACCCCUGGCCACCACUGACUCUUGGAUUAUCCACUAAUGAGGCAUCUGACCACCACCGACUCAUGGAUUAUCCACUAAUGAGGCCCCUGGCCACCACUGACUCAUGGAUUAUCCACUAAUGAGGCCCCUGGCCACCACUGACUCAUGGAUUAUCCACUAAUGAGGCCCCUGACUCAUUGGCUACACUAUCAAGUAUGCUGUAUAAUAUCUCAGUAUCUAUUAAUUAUAUUACAGUAUCUCUGCAGUAUAAUUUAACGCGAGUUGAGAUGCAGGGAACGUCUCCCUCAUGCAAGGUGCGGCCUCGCACACUCCAGCGAUCAACUACUCUGACUCUUGCACAACAUAACUCAUUUGUCGUAAUGUAAGCUCUCACACUAUACAUAUCACGAUUUAAACCAAUUCAUAAACCGAUUUAAACCAAUAUAUAUAUAUA